AUGGCUGACGUAGCUCUAGCGCUCAAGACACCAAAGUGAGUUCUCCACCCACGCUUUCAGCCGCGGUCCCAGUCGCAUGCCAAGUGCGUGCGUAGGAUGGGCGAACACGAGCCGUCGUUAUCGCCUUGAGACCCACCCCCACUGACGUUGCUGCUGCUGCUGCUGCUGCUGCCGGCUCGUUCUCACCUGGGCAGGCAGUCUCGCCCUGGCUCGCCUGGGGGGGCGGCUUCACCGUCGAUCAACAACCUCCGACGACUGGGUCGAGGUGCUCAACCUCCUCGCAAACUGCUCGUCGCGAACCGUGGUGUGAGUUGAGUGCUGUGUUCGGUUGGCUCCGGCUUGAUGAAGCUCCGUCGGGUUGGUCGAGCGCUGCGCCAAGCUAUACGCCGGCGAGCGCGCCAGCUGGCUGCCGUCGCCGCCCCGGACCGCUGAUUACGAUUUCACGGGUGACCUGCUUGGCCGAGUUGGCUGACCCCGCCAAAGCCACGAUGGUGCCGUACACAGGAAAUCGCGAUCCGCAUCAUCCGAACCGCCCAUGAGUUGGGCAUGACCACCGUCGCCAUCUACUCCAAGGAGGAUCGUUUCUCGGCCCAUCGCAACAAGGUAAUGUCUUUCUGGAACCCCCCUUCCGCCCCGGCAACGAUCGCCGUCGCCUCGGCAAGUUGGCUGGGGCAACCGGAGCUGAUAUCCGGUCAUUCCCCGCGCAAAUCAUCGUGCAGGCCGACGAGUCUUUCCUCGUCGGUGAAGGCCUUACCCCCGUCGCGGCUUACCUUGACUACAAGAACAUCAUCAAGGUCAGUAUAGCUUGUUCGCUCACAGGAUGGUGCAACCGGGCAGCGAGCCUCGGGAGCUCCCGUUCUCGUCGUCGGGAGCGGUCCGCUUGCUCCUGGAGAACGAAUAUGAUAGUAACUGACUUUGCGCGCUCGCCUCACCGCCCUUUCCACAACAUACAGAUUGCCGUAGAGCACAAUGUGACCAUGAUCCAUCCCGGAUACGGUUUCCUUUCAGAGAACGCCGAUUUCGCCAAGGCCGUUGAGGAUGCCGGCUUGCUCUUCGUGGGACCCCAGCCCAGCGUCAUUGACGGCCUCGGAGAUAAGAUCAAGGCCCGAACCUUGGGUGGGUCCCCAGCACUUCUCGACUAGCCUUCCGCUUACACGUUCGAGGAAAAUGAACUGUGAACCUCUCGCACACAUUCCCUGCAGCCAUUCAAAUUGGUGUCCCCGUCGUGCCCGGUACCCCCGGCGCCAUCUCGACUUACGAGGAGGCGAACGACUUCGUGGAAAAGUACGGUUUUCCCGUCAUCAUCAAGGCCGCAAUGGGUGGUGGAGGUCGAGGUAUGCGAGUCGUUCGUGCCGCCAAGGACUUCAAGGACGCCUUCGCGAUGGCGACCUCCGAGGCCAAAUCGGCAUUUGGUGACGGCACCGUCUUUGUCGAGCGCUUCCUCGAUAAGCCCAAGCACAUUGAGGCCCAGUUGAUCGGUGACUCCCAGGGCAACAUUGUGCACCUAUUCGAACGUGAUUGUUCCGUUCAACGUAGGCAUCAAAAGGUCGUCGAGCUCGCCCCCGCGAGCAACAUCUCGGAGGAGCUCCGAGCUCAACUCCUCGCCGACGCCGUCAAGAUCGCCAAGGCUGUCAAGUAUCGCAACGCCGGUACCUGCGAAUUUUUGGUCGACUCGAAGGGACAUUGCUUUAUCGAGAUCAACCGUGAGUUGCCCUCAGAUUUAUCUCACGCUGCAAUUCCGGACUUUGGAUAUUGACCUCACUCGCACUCUGUCCGCGUCGUCAUCCCCAGCCCGAAUUCAGGUCGAGCACACCAUUACCGAGGAAAUCACCGGUAUCGACAUCGUCGCCGCGCAAAUUCAGAUCGCCGCCGGUGCCUCGCUCCCCGAGCUCGGUCUCACGCAAGACACCAUCACCAAACGUGGGUACGCCAUUCAGUGCCGCAUCACGACCGAGGACCCGGCCGCCAACUUCCAGCCCGACACGGGCAAGAUCGAAGUGUACCGAUCAGCCGGCGGAAACGGUGUCCGUCUCGAUGCCUCAUCCGGAUUUGCUGGUGCGCAAAUCACCCCUCACUACGACUCCCUGCUCGUCAAGUGCACGGUCCGUGGUGCGACGUUCGAGAUCGCUCGCCGCAAGAUGCUCCGAGCGCUCGUCGAGUUCCGCAUCCGUGGUGUCAAAACCAACAUCCCCUUCUUGUUCCGUGUUCUGUCGCAUGAGUCCUUCAUCACCAACGACACGUGGACGACCUUCAUCGACGAUACGCCCCAGCUCUUCCAGCUCGUGACGUCGCAGAACCGUGCCCAAAAGUUCUUGGCCUACCUUGGCGACCUCGUCGUCAACGGCUCGACGAUCAAGGGCCAAAUGGGCGAGCCCGGCUUGAACGAAGAGAUCCCGAUCCCGGCCAUCAUCGACCCCAAGGACGAGACCAAGGCCCUCGACACGAGCGAGCCCUGCACGACCGGAUGGCGCAACAUCAUCGUCGAGCAAGGUCCCGAGGCCUUCGCUAAGGCCGUUCGCGCCUACCCCGGUGUCCUCAUCAUGGACACGACGUGGCGCGAUGCCCACCAGUCGCUCAUCGCGACUCGUUUGCGUACGGUCGACAUGGCCAACAUCGCCAAGGAGACCUCGCAUGCCCUGUCGAAUGCGUACGCCCUCGAGUGCUGGGGAGGUGCGACCUUUGACGUCGCGAUGCGAUUCUUGUACGAGGACCCGUGGGAGCGUCUGCGCUCGUUGCGCAAGCUCGUCCCCAAUAUCCCUUUCCAGGCCCUCGUCCGUGGUGCCAACGCUGUCGGGUACACCUCGUACCCCGACAACGCCAUCUACGAGUUCUCGCGCAAGGCCGUGGAGAACGGUCUCGAUAUUUUCCGUGUCUUUGACUCGCUCAACUACAUCGACAACAUGCGGCUCGGUAUCGACGCGGCCAAGAAGGCCGGUGGUGUUGUCGAAGCCGCCAUCUGCUACACGGGUGACGUUGCGAACCCGAAAAAGCACUCCAAGUACACGCUCGAGUACUACCUUCAAUUCGCCCAGGAGCUCGUCGACUGCGGCAUUCACGUGCUUGCCAUUAAGGAUGUAAGUUGCGACAUCUGCGAUGUUUCUUACCCGCGUGCCGACGUGACUGACCCCCGAGCUUUUGCUUGAAGAUGGCCGGUAUCCUCAAGCCCGAGGCCGCAACGAUCCUUGUUGGUGCGCUCCGAAAUAAAUUCCCCGACUUGCCGAUCCACGUCCACUCGCACGACACGGCCGGUAUUUCGGUUUCGUCGAUGCUCGCCUGCGCCGCCGCGGGUGCCGAUGUCGUUGACGUCGCCAUUGAUUCCAUGUCCGGCACGACCUCGCAGCCUUCGAUGGGUGCCGUCUGCUCGGCGCUCGAGCAAACAAACCUCGGCACCGGUAUCUCGCACGAGAACAUUCAGGCGCUUAACCUCUACUGGUCUUCGGUUCGCACGCUGUACAGCUGCUUCGACGCCAACGUCCGAGCGUCCGACUCGGGUGUGUUCGACCACGAAAUGCCCGGAGGACAAUACACGAACUUGAUGUUCCAAUCGACCCAACUCGGCUUGACCGGUAGAUGGAAAGAGGUUGUCAAGUCCUACAUCGAUGCCAACAUCCUGUGCGGUGACAUUGUCAAGGUUACCCCAUCGUCCAAGGUCGUCGGUGAUUUCGCCCAGUUCCUCGUCGCCAACAAGCUGACGCGACAGAACGUCAUCGACCAAGCCGACAAGCUCGACUUCCCCAAUUCGGUCGUCGAGUUCUUCCAGGGCUACCUCGGUCAGCCUACGGGCGGUUUCCCGGAACCGCUGAGGUCCAAGAUCAUUCGCGACAAGAAGCGCAUCGACGAGCGACCGGGCAAGGACAUGGAACCUUACGACUUUGAGGGCACGCGCGCCAAGCUCAUCGAGAAGUACGGCUCGACGAUCACGUCGACUGACGUCCUGUCAUACUGCAUGUACCCCAAGGUAUUCGAGGAGUUUAAGGAAUUCACGACCAAGUACGGUGACUUGUCGGUCCUGCCGACGCGUUUCUUCCUCGGCAAGCCCCCGGUCGGUGAGGAAAUUCACAUCCCUAUGGAGAAGGGCAAGACGCUCAUCGUCAAGCUGAUCGCCGUCUCGCCCGUCGACACCUCGUCGGGCACGCGCGACAUCCUGUUCGAGUUGAACGGUGAGCUGCGUGCGGUCCAGGUCGAGGACAGAAGUGCCGCGAUUGAGACCGUGCACCGCGAGAAGGCGACGAACGAGCCCGGAUCAGUUGGCUCGCCCAUGUCGGCCGUCGUCGUCGAGGUCCGAGUGCACGAGGGCCAGGAGGUCAAGGCCGGUGACCCUAUCUGCGUCCUUUCGGCGAUGAAGAUGGAGCAGAUCGUCUCGGCGCCCGUCAGCGGCAAGGUCCAACGCGUUUCCGUUCAACCGAGCGACAGUAUUGCCCAGGGUGACUUGGUCGCCGUUAUCCAACACUCGUAA